AUGUCAUCUUUGCCAGGAACGGUACCGCGGAUGAUGCGCCCGGCUCCCGGACAGAACUACCCUCGCACCGGAUUCCCUCUGGAAGUGUCCACUCCUUUGGGCCAGGGGCGGGUCAACCAGCUCGGAGGGGUCUUCAUUAACGGCCGGCCGCUGCCCAACCACAUCCGGCACAAAAUAGUAGAGAUGGCCCACCACGGGAUCCGGCCCUGCGUCAUCUCCAGACAGCUGCGGGUCUCCCACGGCUGCGUGUCCAAGAUCCUCUGCCGAUACCAGGAGACCGGCUCCAUCCGGCCCGGAGCGAUCGGAGGCAGCAAGCCCAGGCAGGUAGCCACGCCGGACGUGGAGAAGCGGAUAGAGGAGUACAAACGGGACAACCCCGGCAUGUUCAGCUGGGAGAUCCGGGACAAGCUGCUGAAGGACGGCGUGUGUGACAGAAGCACAGUCCCUUCAGGUGAGGCCUCCUCUGUGAGCUCCAUCAGCCGCGUACUGCGAGCGCGUUUUGGAAAAAAAGACGACGACGACGAGUGUGACAAAAAGGAUGAGGACGGAGAGAAGAAGACCAAACACAGCAUCGACGGAAUCCUCGGCGACAAAGGCAGCCGGAUGGAUGAGGUGUCAGAUGUGGAGUCAGAGCCGGACCUCCCACUGAAGAGGAAGCAGCGCCGGAGUCGGACUACGUUCACGGCCGAGCAGCUGGAGGAGCUGGAGAAGGCCUUCGAGAGAACCCAUUACCCCGACAUCUACACCAGAGAGGAGCUCGCCCAGAGGACCAAACUCACCGAGGCCAGGGUCCAGGUGUGGUUCAGCAACAGGAGAGCACGGUGGCGAAAACAAGCCGGAGCCAAUCAGCUAGCGGCGUUCAACCACCUGUUGCCGGGCGGGUUUCCUACCACGGGGAUGCCGACACUGCCUACGUACCAGCUGCAGGAGUCGAGCUACACAUCCAACGGCCUGCAACAAGACGGCGGUGCCACGGUUCACCGUCCUCAGCCGUUACCUCCGUCCACCAUGCACCAGGGCAGUCUGUCCGGCAACGACAGUGGCUCCGCCUAUGGCCUGUCCUCCAACCGCCACGGCUUCUCCAGCUACUCCGACUCCUUCAUGACCUCCGCGGCACCCAACAACCACGUCAACCCCGUCAGCAACGGACUCUCCCCGCAGGUGAUGAGCAUCCUGAGCAACCCCAGCGGCGUUUCCUCGCAGCAGCAACACGACUUCUCCAUCUCGCCGCUCCACAGCGCCCUGGACUCCUCCCCGUCCAACUCCAUCUCAGCCAGCUGCAGCCAGCGUUCGGCCGAGGCCUCCAUUAAGACGGUGGACAGCCUCCCCUCGUCCCAGUCCUACUGUCCCCCGACAUACAGCACCACCAGCUACAGCAUGGACCCCGCUGUGGCUGCAGCCGGAUACCAGUACAGUCAGUACGGCCAGACUGCAGUGGACUACCUGGCCAAGAACGUGAGUCUGUCCAGUCAGCGCCGGAUGAAGCUGGGCGACCACUCGGCUGUACUCGGACUGCUGCAGGUCGAGACCGGCCAGGCCUACUAGUACUCACCUUAAACAUCUCAAUUAAAAGAAAAAUGACACCUGGUCACCAGCACAACCCCACACCUCCUGCUACCACCUGUACACGUCUCCCUGAGUGUGAGAGUGAGUGUCAUAGCCAUACUUUAUUUUAUCUCUCUGCUCCUCCUGCGUUAAAGAGGACGUAAUGAUGCAGCUGUUCAAGCUUUAAAAACAUUCCCCACGGGACCGACCAAAUCCACAACCAGAACUCCACUUUGAGUUUUUAUAGGUUCACAUUACAGCUCAUUCUUACACGAUAUCAGGCGACUUCAAACUACUGAUAAUUAGUACAUUUAGAGGUUUUCAUUUUAGAUGGAGUGCUAACUGCUCUCUACAUGAUACCCUGGAACAGAUGUUUGGUCUGAAGCAACAUCACCACAACCCGGACGCUCUUAAUAUGGUCACAGAAAAAUACAGAGCCUUAAGCACAGAAAUUUCCUUUUUUUUUUUUUGUGCAAUCUAAUUUAUUUCAAUUUCAAGUAUUUGUACAAAAGCGUUGCAGAAAGCGGACGACAUGUGGAGGCAUAAAGUCGGCACGUUUGGUGGUCAAGGGCGAGAAACGGCCUUAAAGGCUUUAUAUGUGAUUUUUCACACUUAAAUGUAAUAGAAAUCAAGUAUAUCCUCUGAAAAUA